UGUAAUUAAUUCAGGUUGUGGAGAAUAUAAACCUUGCUGGAUUGGACCGUGUUUACGUAUGUACAACAAUUUCUUCGAACAAGGUAUACCUUACGCGUUGUGCCCUUCAAUUAAAAAAAUCCGGCACUGUAAUUCCGAGGAUGGAACUCGUUGAAGUAGGCCCUUCCAUGGAUUUGGUGGUUCGACGUCACCGUCUACCAAACGAAGGCUUGAGGAAAGAAGCAAUGAAAACUGCAAAAGAUCAACCUAAGAAGAAGGUCGGAGAAAUGGCUUUACCAAACAAAGCUAAAGAUGUGAAGAGAGAGCGCCGUGAAGCUAAGAAUAAAGAGGCAAACGAACAUGCCUCGAAAAAACAGAAGGAAGAAUCUGAGUAAAGCCAUAUAUAUAUCACCCUUUGUUAUGAUCUUUUUGUAUUUAAUUAGUAUUUAAAUUUAAAAUAUUUAAUUAAAUUGAUAUUUUUAUUCAUACGUGGUUAACACUAUUAAUUUUAUCAAUUUUAACUAAUC